UCUUUUUUCAAAAUUGAGUCACAUACGUUUUCUCUUUUACGCGUCUCAUCAUGUCAUUUGAUCAAGCUUCUGAUGAAGAGACCUUUAUGCCGAAUGAGGUAGAUAGACUUAAAGCGCAAAUCAAACAAAUCAAACAACGAUUGGACAGUGCAACUUCAAGAAAGAGACAGUUAAGACGUGAAUUGUUAGAAGAAGACUUAGCAUACCUUACUGUCACCCGAUUGACACAGCUUAUUCAAGACCCUACUCGAGUAGCAGAGUUUGAGUUGAAUCAAAUGCAAAAACAGAUAUUCGAUAAACUGAUGAUAACAUUAGAGGAUUGCUGUAGGCGAGAAGUGGUUAGUUAUCAUCGUUUAGCAGGCCGAUCUAUAUUUCAAUUCAAAGGAUCAAGAAGCUGUAUUCGUCUAGAGACAUUUUAUGGAAAUACAUACAGAGAACCUUUUUAUUUGAUUUAUGAUAAGCACAAAGGAGAAUCAAUUCAACAUCAUACCAUUCCACCUUUCAUUCACCUGGAUAAUCUCCAAGCUCAAUUUAUUCCACAUAACUUCAAUACGUUUAUUCGUAUUGUUCAUCAUCAAGUACAAGCUUAUGUCUCAAGAAGAGAGGCAACAAAUGAAGUCAUCCAGAUGAGCACACAAUACGCUGUCAAGCCAAUCUAUCGGACAGAUUCAAUAGACCAAUUUGAUUUCAGGAUCACAUCCCCAAACAUAGGCACUUUAUUUGUCAGCACAAUAUUCAGAGACAAGAGCUCUACUUUUCCUACAAGCGUUAGUAUCAAGGCUUUAGGAAAUGACUCCACAAUCAAUGAAAACCAAAGAGACAGACAUUUUGCUCAAAUAGAGCACUCGCUCAAAAGGAAGAGAAUGAAGGAUGUAGUCAUGGCUUUGGUGGAUAGUUCUUUUCAAUCUGAUGACUUUACUUGAAUAAAUCAACAAAAGGAUAAACAGUAGCCAGUUCUUGUAUUACUUGCAUGAUUUAUCUUGCGUAAUACCCACAAAUUCAAUAGUUAAGAUAGCCACUAGCUAUCUGAAGUAUAGAAGCCUUCUGUUUUGUUUGUCUUUGACAUUAAGAUAUUAUUUUUUUGCAAUAAUAUAUGUCAAAUACCUAUAUAAACAAUUUUUACUAA